AUGCCAGCCUCACCACCACCAGUGGUGAGCGCCAACACCGACGCCAUGACCGAGACUCGACCAUCUCUACCCCGCCGCUCUUCCUCACUGCACAAAGCCUUGAUCCAAAAGCUGCGACCGUUUCCCUUCCAAUAUGUCUGGUCUGUGUGGCACUCAAAGCCCGAUCCAUUCGAGGAGUACCGAUUGACAUUGCUGAUCGACCAUGUCUCUGACAUUGCGGCAUUCUACCGCAUCUUCAACAAUAUGCCAUGGAACCAGAUCCGACAAAAGGAUAGCAUCCACAUCUUCCGCUCGGGGAUCAAGCCACUGUGGGAGGACGAAGAGAAUCGCGACGGAGGACGGUGGUUGAUCAGGGUACGGCCAGAAGCUGGGAGGGCGGUGAAAUUGUGGGAGGAGAUUUGUAUUCUGUGCUGCGGUGGCGAGUUGCAGGCUGCCAUCACUCAGGGUGAGAGAUGGGGAAAAUUCUGGCAUUGGGAGACUGCUGAGCUAACAACUGUCGCAGAGCACGAUCAUAUCUUGGGAAUGUCCUUUUCGCGAAGACCAGCUUUCACUCAUAUAUCAAUCUGGACCAAGCUGGGGAGCAAUCUGCGGAGUAUUCUCAUCCUGGAGCGGACAAUUCUCUCGAGUCUUUCUCCCGACUUGCGACCCACGUCGCAUAUUGAGUUGAGCUAUCGCAAGCAUUCAGAGAAGCUGUUUGAUGCAGGCUCGACCAUGCCGGGCUUUUCAACCCCGUCAAAAUCGUCCUCAGCCCCAUUUGGGCGUCCGGGAGGUCUCCAGCGAUCACUGACUGCAACCUGA